GGUGUUCUCUCUCUUCCUUACUUUUAUUACUCACCAACUUUUCCUACCCUUUUACGUUGAUAAAAAUAUCUGAAAACGAGUUUUCCCCUCUCUCUCUCUCUCUCUCUCUCUCUGCUUCAAGCUCGCACCUUGUCCAUAUCAGUCUCUUCUCUCUAUUAUAGGAUAAUAAUACUAUAACAUACAUUUCAAAUUAUCGCUUCAAAUUCACACAAUCUCUCACAAAACCCCCUCUCUCAGAUCCAUGAAUCCCUCUCUCUCCUCUCUCCCCACCCUCUUUCUCUCUCCAAAACCCCACCUUCAUCCUCAUUCCCAGAUCUCCCAACCCUAGUUUCCCCAAAUUCGAUGAAUCGCUCGCUCAAAUGGUUCACGAUCGGCCUCGUAUCGGCUUGGUACGCAUCCAACAUUGGUGUUCUCUUGCUCAACAAGUACUUGCUCAGCAACUACGGAUUCAAGUACCCGAUCUUCCUCACUCUCUGUCACAUGAUUGCUUGUUCGUUGCUGAGCUACGCUGCGAUUGUUUGGAUGAAAUUAGUGCCAUUGCAGAUCGUCAAAUCGCGUGUUCAGUUGUUGAAGAUCGCCACUCUCAGUUUUGUGUUCUGUGCUUCGGUGGUUAGUGGGAACGUUUCGCUUCGGUACCUUCCGGUUUCGUUUACUCAGGCGGUUGGGGCUACUACGCCGUUCUUCACGGCGGUGUUCGCGUAUUUUGUGGCGGUGAAGAGGGAGGCUUGGCUUACUUAUGCCACUCUCAUUCCUGUGGUCGCUGGGGUUGUCAUUGCCAGUGGGG